UCCCAAGCCACCUGUGACAUCAAGUUCGGGAUCAAGACCAGGCGUGAGGGAUCUGGCGGGCGGGUGAAAGACUAUACUUUUUUUCCGCGUGUUUCCGUGCUGAGUGCUGCGUGGUGCUGCUGAGGGGGUCCAGGAGCCGCCAGGGAGUCAGCACAAACCCCGGGCCCUGCGAGCACCAUGUUCACCCCAUCAUCAGAGCGAGGGGGUGUGGGGGUGGGGGUGACACCGCCGCCCCCCACCACCCCCGCCAGCUACUCCUCCGCCAGUGCCCGUGUGGCUGCCGCUCGGAGACGCAGCGGCCUGUUCACCACCCCUGGGGCACGCCGCUCACCCUUCGGCACACCAGGGCGUUCCACCCCCCUGAACCGCUCCCUGCAGACAUCCCAGCUGGUGGAGACGAGCGGCCAGUACGCUAUGGAGUCCUAUGGCUCGUCUCUGCCCACGCUGGUCAUGGAGGCGCUCAACUUUGCCGAUCGCAAUGUGGAGAUCUCUGCCGUGCUGUCCGAGGAGGGCUGGGCAUGGCUGGUGUGUGGCCGGCGUCUGUUAGUGUGGCGGUACAGACAGGAGGAGAGUCGCCCACGAUUGGUUAAUCAUCAGUUCCGUGAGCUGACCUUGCCACCCUCGGACCUGGCUCACCGCGCUCAGCUGGUGGUCGUUUAUACACCUACGGAAGGACAGGUCCCUUCUUGCAUAGCAGCGUCCCCCGAGGGCUUCGUUCGCUACUGGGCCACCAUUACCCACGAGGCGUCCUACUGUGAAGUGAGCACGGAGCUACAGGGACAGGAGUGCGAGAGCCUGGUGUCACUGGGGGCUGGUCUGGGCUGCCUCCUGGCCACCACCACCUCCACCACCCUCUUGCUGCAGCCUUCGGGGGGUCUCGGAGGUGGCCAGACCAUCAAUGUGCGACACCUCAAGGCUCCGGCGGGUCUCCUUGGGGGCAUAUCGCGACGGGUCUCAUCCCUUAUGUUCGGGUCUAUGCCAACGCAGGCCCCUGAAGCGAGGCUGGUACGGGCGGUGGGUGUGCCGGGCGCCCAGGGGGAGGAGCGGGCGGUGCUGGUGCUCUCGGCCAACAGCCUCCAGAAAUGGUACCUCGCCCCGGGCCAGUCCGACCGCCUGGUGUACGAAUGCAAUGUUGAGAAGCACAUCAGGGAGAGCUUCGUUGACCAUGUCUGGGGGCGGGAGCGUGCAGGCGCCACACAGCUGCGGGUGUGGCUGGUGGACAUGCAGCCGGCAGCGGGCGGCACGGCGGUCAUGAUUCUCACUGCAGCAGUCAACCCCCAAGUAUCCCAGCAGCUUGUCUAUGCCCUGGCCACCAUGGAGACAGGUGGCAGCACUCCCCCGUCAUCGGUGAGCAACUUCUCGGUGCUGAAACACUCCGAGUACUACCAGGACUCAGCGGAGAACGUGCUCCUGGCCCAGCGGUUCCUCCUGUGCGGCACCACGGCCUACAUCUACAACAAGAACACUGUGCUCUGCGUGUCAGCAGUGGGUGAGGGGGACAGCGGUGACCGGGUGGAGUUCUCGGGUGCCAGCGACAGCAUCUUGGGUGUGGGCCGCUCCCAGAGGCUACCGCUCUUCUUCUCGGCCAACCACGGCAUUGUGUCCAUCACCCCCACCGCUGCCAAUACCAGUGCUAUAGGGGGUCUGAUCAAUGAGAGCCUGAUGGAGGAGGGGGCGUCCCGGAUGGCGGAGGGGCUGAACCUGACCAUGGGGAGCCUGGCAGAGGGUGGGGCAGACCAGGACAAGGCCACCAGACUCCAGGCGGCCUUCCUCCACUACAACAAGGGCAAUGUAGCGCAGUCACAGCUGUUACUCGACGACCUGUUCCCGGGCUCAGACACCUCACAGUUGGACUCCGCCGUGCUGCAGCUGUCCAUCGCCCUGCUAGACGACUCCCCGGCCACAGAUCCACGCUGGGCCGAGGCGCUCAAGGGGUCGGCAGGAGGGACGAUCGCGCCAACCUCACUCAUCGUCCUCAACCAACUGAGAGACAAGACCACGGCACAUCAGUACUUUAUUAACUUCCUCCAGCAGAUGGGGUUGUGGCAGCAGCUGAGUGCCGGCGUAGUGAAGGACACACGCGUAGCCACCAAGACGUGCCUCGCCGAGCAUGGCCAGCGCCUCGCCUUCGCCACAGCCCUCCGCAAUCUCCACAACGAACACCAGGACCUCGUGGACUCGGCAAUCAAGCAUGUUGUGGCGGAGCGCGGUGAGGUCCCCAAGAACAAGCUGACGUAUGCCGAUCUGUUCUACCGCCGUGUUAGCCAAGUGGAGGACAUCAUCGCCGGGGUUCUGAGGGCCCAGGAGGAGGUCCUCUCCGCUGAUGUAGCUCCACGUGAUGCCGUCGCUACCAUCCACUCCGUCAACAAGCUCCUCCUGGCCCUUCUCCACACCGCCCGGGCCCCCUCCCCCACCGUGCCCGCCUCCACCACCACCACUGACCAGCCCCUUGAACAUGUACCCUGGACCGCUGCGAGAGGGGCUAAGGGAACUCGCACUCUCCUCCUACAGCAACACCAGACCACCGUACAGGUUGGGCUGGUGAGGGCCGAGGACAGCACCACAAGGUCCAGACUGUACGGCCAACUUGUGGACUUGGCCGACUUCAUCCUGGGCGACUACCAGCCUCACCUGCAGUCCCUGGCCGCCCUGCCCCUGGCCCACGACGCCCACCAGGCCCUGCUCAAGGAGUACCGACGCGACCGAUACAACCUCAUCGCACCCUUAGUGGAGGGUGAGCAGUACGACCAGGCGGUGAGUCUGGCGGAGAAGUACUGUGACUUCCGCACCUUAGUGGAGGUGUGUGACCGCACCAACAACCAGGAGCGACUCACCCAGUAUAUGAACAUGUUUGGCUCGGAGGGCUUCUCAGACUUCGUGUUCCGCUGGUACCUUGAGACCGGAAAGCGUGGCAAGCUGCUGAGCCAGGGCGCAGGGCAGCAGGGCGGGGAGCUGGCCAGGUUCCUGCAAGACUACAGCUCCCUGGCGUGGCUGCACCAAAUCAACACACAAGACUUCUCCUCGGCACACUCCACCCUCAGACACCUCGCCCAGGAAGAGACAACCUACCUUAGCCGCAAGAAGACACUCCUAAGCCUAAGCAAGCUGUGUUCGCUGGUGUCGGGGGGUGACGGUGGUGGCGGGGGAGACACCACCACGGGCAGCCUGGCGUUGGAGGACGACUCGCUCAGCUUGGAGGAGGAGCUGAUUCACUACCAGGAGCAGCUGCCGGAGUCGGUCCUCUCGGCGCACUUCCUUGACCCUGACACCAUGAGGGUUUUGUCCCCCACCGAGCUGGUCCAUAUGUACACUAGCGAAGACAACAUCAGCGCCAACGAGUUCGACUUCAAGAAAGCACUGGACUUGCUCUCGUUCGUGGGUGAGGAAGAGUCGGAGGAGCUGAGGCGGCUGAUAUGGGUUCGGGCGCUUCAGAAGAACACCUGGGAGCACUUGGACACAGACAACCCCCUUCAGGCUCUCAGUGACACCAUCUUCUUCAGGACGGUGGAGUUGGCUUUCACGCAGGGCUGUGAGGUGCGGGAGCUGCUGGUGCCCGUGGAGGAGAUGUUGGCGUGUGAGGAGCUGGAGAAGCUGUGUCAGGAUGCAAACUUUACCUUCUUGCUGCGCGCUGGAUACGAGCACAUCGACAAGCUGCUGGGAUGAGGCUAAAGAGGCUGGCUUGUGAGGAAGGGGGGGGUAGGGGAGGAAGAAGGGAAGGUUAGCUUGUUCAUGUCUAUUCUUACUCCUCAUUUUUCUCUACUUUUUUUUACUUUUUCUUUAUAUAUUUUUUUUCUGCGAUGAAUUUUCUUUACUUUUUUUUUAACUUUUCCCUUUUUUUUAUAGUUUGUUCUUGUCUGUCUUUAUUUUCAUUUGUACUUUAAUUUUUCUUUCUUUUUAAUCUCGUUUUUCCUUUUUCUUUCUCUCCAAUGAAUUUUCUUUACUUUUUUAAAUUUUCCUUUUUUAUAUAGUUUGUUCUUGUCUGUCUUUAUUUUCAUUUUUAUUCUUCAUUUUCUUUUCCUCUUUUUAACUUUUCCUAUAUUUUCUUUUUCUUCUCCUAUGAAUUUUCUUUACUUUUUAACUUUUCCAAUGUUUUCUUUUUCUUCUAUGAAUUUUCUUUACUUAUUUUAACUUCCUAUAUUUUCUUUUUCUUCUAUGAAUUUUCUUUACUUUUUUUUACUUUUCCUUCAUUUUCUUUUUCUUUUUCCUCAUUUUCUCUUUGGGUUUGAUUUCCUUGUCUUGUUCCUGACUCCAUUUUCUUUGUGUUGUGUGUUUUCUUUCCCUAUUAUAAUAUUAAUCACUUUUCUGGACCAAUUUUCUUUUAUUAUCAUUUUUUUCAUGAAUUUUUGCCGUUUCUGGACAAAUAUCAAUGUCACAUGUAGGCCUAUCUCAACCUCUUUUUCUGCCUAUCCAUUUUCAUAUUCAUUUAUCUUAUUCUUUCCAGUUUUUGCACUUUUUUUUUGAUGAAUAAUACUUUGAUUACUCUCAUUUUUCUCAUUUAUUUAUUAUUUUUUAUUCAUAUUUUUAUUUUCUGUGCCAGUACUUUGUUGUUCUUUAUUACUCUCAUUCUCUUCAUUCAUUUAUUAUUUUUUUUAUACACGUUUUUAUAUUGUGUCCGUAUACUUCCUGUUUUCCUGACACAUCUGCAAAUCUUGAAGUCACUACCACGUUCAACACAUUAACAAGAGAAACAUAUGCAUAAGUUACUUUAAUAUGUCUACUGAUGCAUACCUGAGAGAGUGCAACUAAUUUUUACCUUACUGUCGCUAUUCUCCAUGGUUCAAAUAGGCGUGUUUUGUGUACAUGGCCUCCUGUGACCACUAAUAAAUGUAAUGUGUAAUUUAUAAUGAACUUGUUUGUAUAAUAAAACUCUUUAAAGAU